AGAAAAGCCGAGCAGGUAGGCAGCAGAGCCACGGCCAGACUGCGACGCGCGCUCCACGCGAGACCGUGCGUGUACCCUCGUCGGUCAGACCGGGGUCAGUCAGGGUCCUGCUGUUAGCCAGGACGCUUCGAGAGUAUCUUCCGGAAGAUCAAGCAACGGACAGCUGUCGAGCUACCCGUGCAACUCUUCUUUGCUCUACGGGUCAUCCGAUUCCGUCUACUUGCUCGUUUCAUCGACCGUCUGUGGCGAUUUCACGAAAAUUACUCUGUUACGAACUGCGUACAACGUUACUUGCCUGUGAUAGAAAAAUCAUCUGGCUGGAAAGAGUGUUGAAGAUACGUUUCUUAGAGAAGUGUUACUCGUCUUGCAUCUGGAAUAAUCGAUUCCAAACAUCGAACUGAACCGCCUUGGACGCGCGAACCGGGUACCAGACCGCGACCUUGGCGAACCACGUGGAGAAUCGCCAGAGAGCAACCCAGUGAAUGGGAAAACUGUACGUGUGUCGGGACUGUCUGUGGGGUUGAUACCGAUUGUGUACGUCGUUUGUGAGUUGCUGGAUCUAGUGUCAAUAGAAAGAGACUACGAUUCGCUGCUUGCCUCCAUGAACAGUCGCAAGACUUAGGAGACUGAUCGAUCGACCAAUCGGACGCAAUGUGCGAAGCGGUGCCGCGUACUUGGUACAUGAAACCGGAACUUCACUACAGUGCCAUUGGAGUUCCGGCGGGCGCUCUGUCACCCCCGGCCACACUUUCACCGCCUAGCAGCCCUAGCGUCACGCUGCCGCCUUCGCCGUGGAGUCCUGGCGCGGCAGGAAGUAGCUUGAACACCGCGGCGACAUCCUCCAAUCCUUCGGUUUCCUCCUCGAGCCUCGGCCAACCAACACCGGACCGUUUCAGCGCUUUCACCCUGGUCUCUACCUGCAAUCCCGACGCCAGACUUCAGAAUCUACCACUGACCACCACAACUACGGCACGAGAGAUGCGUUGUGGUCUGAUGUAUGGUGGUUAUGGGUCGACCGGGGCUGCAUGGUGGGCUGCUCAACACCAGUUGAGCCUCUUGUUGCCCCAUUCCCUGUUACCACCCUCGAGGAUUUCUAAUCAGCAAACUACACCGGUUGCAAAUUGCUCACCUAUUCAGCCGGAACCCCUGAACACGUCCAGAGCUGGCUCGCCACGAAGAUGCACCCCGGAGAAGGCGAAGUUCGAGGAGGAGGCGCCGCUAAACUUAAGUACCAAACCUAAUGACGUUUCGUCCACCAUGAAUCGAAAAAGCGAAAUUUGGUCACCGGGAACAGUCUGCGAGAGGGAAGCGAAAGAAACCAGGAUACUAUCAUCCAGUAGUCCAUCCUCGACACCUGUAAUCACUCGACAGAUCCAUCAUUCACCAUUGACACCGCCCUCCUCUUCGGAAAGGACAUUCCAGUGUAAACAAUGUGGAAAAGCCUUCAAACGUUCAAGCACUCUCAGUACUCAUCUUUUAAUACACUCUGACACUAGACCGUACCCUUGCCAAUAUUGUGGCAAGAGGUUUCAUCAGAAAUCAGAUAUGAAGAAGCACACUUACAUUCAUACCGGUGAGAAGCCGCAUAAAUGUGUGGUAUGUGGCAAAGCGUUCUCUCAGAGCAGCAAUCUGAUCACGCACAUGCGCAAGCACACGGGCUACAAACCGUUCCAGUGUGGUCUCUGCGACAAGGCGUUCCAGAGGAAGGUGGAUCUGCGACGACAUCGAGAAGGACAGCAUCCAGCCGCCCCGGCGCUCGAUUAUCGCUCCCUCCAACUACCCUCGCAGCCCGCCAAUGUCAAACACUCUCCACCUCUACAACCUGCCCCCGGUUAUCACAUGAUACCUGUCCCCGGUAAUAGUUGAGAUUCUUUCACGAUUUUGUCACGAACACCGUCUGCCUGUCAUUUCCUUCUUCUUGCUCUUUGUCCCCGCGUAAAUGCUGAAGAGGCACAGUUGAAGAGAGAGAAGAGAAUCGUUGGAAAGUGAUUGUGGUGAAUUUGAAAUAGAUUUGCAGAUAAGUACUAUACAUAGCAAAAUGAGAGAUAAGGAAGAGAUGGAUAUGCGGAUCCAAAUUGGAAGAUAAUGGAUGGAUAGGAUGAUGUAGUAUGUGUGUAGGAUGUUGAGAGGUUUAUUGGUAGAAAGAAAAUAAAAGGAUAAGAAAAAGAGCGUGUGUUAUUAGUAUCAAAUAGAUAUGAAAUCUAUUCUUGUUUCGAUGACUGCGGUAGAUUUGAAAUUCAAGUAUUCUUUAGGGAUGUUGCUAUAGCUACAUUUAGUAAAGCUACACUUUGUUCAGAUUUUAACAAUUCUCAGAGAAAUUCCUUAAAAAAGAAAAAUUCAAAUCGAAAGAAAUAUUGUAAUAUUAGAAAUUGAGUUUUUUACAAUUGCUAUGUCACGAAUAAAAGAAUCAUAUUUUAACAAAUUUCAUAAUUUCCAUUACAACCAACGAUCGUACAAAGAGAACUAUCUUCUUUCCAAACGACUCGAAUCACAUGUUUCCACAUCUUUGGAAUAUUAAAUUUUUUCUCAACACCCUCUAUUCACGCUCGUAUACAAAAUACAGAAAUAGAAGACCACAAGAACAAACGAGGAAGAAUGCUCGAUUAUACGAUGCACGGUAGUUCGAUAGAGAUUCAAAGCGGACAAAAAUACGUGAUCAAAGAAUCACACAUUCCACAAACAAUCGCUUGUAUUUCGAACGCAACAAAUUUGCAUUUUCUAUCAUCAAAGGAGGAUUCGAACUGCGUAACGAACAUAUUAGAUAUAGGCAGACACCUGUUCCAAGUGGCUGGCUCUACUAAUAACCGAUUCUUGUAACCCUGCGAGCUGUUCAACAAAAAAAUGCCUUAGGGGAGGCACGCUUUUGCAUAUUUCUCGAGCUAAACUAGCGGUCCUCGGCGAGUGUUACGAGAUCGACCACUGUUUUGAGAGGUAAGGAAACCUUCAGCCGUCCAUUAUUGCUGUACUUUCGGUAUGUAACGUACGUGUAUAUAUAUAAAUAUACAUCUUAUGUAGAUAUAGAUUGACAAAAAUUAUAUAUAUAUAUGUGUGUAUAAUUAUAUAUAUAAUUAUAUAUAUGUAUAUAUAUACACGCAUUCAAGCAAGCAGAUACGUGUGUAUACAUAUGUACACGUAUAUACAUAUACGUGUAACGUGCAAAAAUACGUAUUUAGGAAAAGUUAAAGAAAUUGUAGAAGACUUAACUAAUUCUUUAGUUAAAAGAAAAAAAGUACUGAUUUUCGAUAUUGAAUUCAGCAACGUAUUUCGCGAAAAAGAAAGAACGUUAUCGUGUGCUUGCAUGUGUGUACACAUAUAUCGGCGCGUAUAAAUCCGUAUAAUAUUAUAUCCGAGCCAGCGUUACCAAUUGCACGUGCAGGGUUUUCAAAUACUUAGUUGUAUGCUCAUUUACAUUUAGAAGCGAUUUUACUAAUCACUUAAUCGCUCGAGUGGCAAUCUGUCGAGUGAAAUAUAAUUCCGUAGAUCUUCGUAUUUUAUAUAAAAAUAUAAAAACGAUUUGUUAGUGUUGUAAGAAAAAUGUACAAACAAUCUUGUAACAUAUCUGAUCUUUAGAAAACCUCGUUUUUCCUUUAAAGAUUAUUAAAAUGAAUAUAAAAUGAAUUCGUGCGACGAUUAAAUCUGUGGGACGAAAAAUAAUUGAAUUUGAAUCUUGUAAAACUCGUCUCUAAAAGAGACAACAAUGACGAAGAUACAGAAUAAAGUGUAGCUAAUUGUAAUUAAAUUGCCACUCGAGAGAUUGAAAAGUAAGAAGUUCUUUCGAAGUGUGUUUUUAUAUAAUAAUUAAAUAUCGAUCAAGUAUCGAUUAAAUGUACAGUUGUGCCGCAAAAAUCACCAUGCUGCCCGAUAUUUUUCAUAUUUUUUACUAUUUCUACCUCCUGCAAUCAGACUCACGAGUGCACAGAAGGUCUAUUUCAAAGGAACGUAUCUUAUUUAAACUAAUCGUUUUUAUUAAUAACUCUAUUUCAUCGUACUUUUUAGUUCAGGAAUUUUUUAUCGCAAAUACGAAGAUGAAUUAUUAUUAAAAAUAAGUGGAUUUUUCUUAACAAAGCAAUGUAAUUGUUUAGCUACUAUUCGCGAGAUUUUGUUUUUUAACAGCGCAAACAUUUAAUUAUUUUAGGAAAUAUAUACGAAAUUCAUAUCUAGAAUUGUAAAAAAUGUGUAUGGAUAAUAUUAAUUUUAUGUUUAGGUAGAAAUCUUAUUUUUUAUUAGUUUGUAAAAUUCCUUUUUCGAAAAGUAUAGAAAUUAUAUAAAGAAUUAUAUUUUCCAAAACCAAAGAAAUGUUUAUUCAUCUUGUGCAAUUAAUAUUAAUUUUAUUUAGAUUCUCAUAGCGAAAUUAAAUGACAAAAUCUCGUGCUUUUUAUUUGCGAUAAAAAUUUCUGUUUAAAUACUGAAACUCCACUGGUGCCAUCGAAAGCAAAAAAUAAAAUUUUGUCCGAGCAAAUUAACAAAAAGACGCACACUUUUCAAAUGCCAUAAAUAGGAAACUUGUAACUUUUUAUCAGCAAUUUCUCAAGCUUAGAACCACUUGUUAAAGAAAUUAUUAGCUAAGCGUUGUUCUUCGAUACGUUCCGCCUUCAAAUUGAACUAACUGCACAAAAGUUAUUGCGAAAGGAAAAAAUUCGAGAACGAUGUAUUGUAAAUAAUUUGAUGUUCUCGUCGAAUUAGGAGAGAAACGAGGCAGAAAGGGAAAAAAAGGACUAAACGAUUUCAUUAGAAAUUUGAUGUCUGGCAAAGAAUCAUAGCGGCUAGAGGACCAAAGAUAUAUUAUAAGUCGGACCUAGUCUAAUGGUAUUGUUCGGGUAGAGAUAAAAAUUCAGUGAAAAUGUAAAUUGCCACUCCCGAAAAUUCACCAAAGACUUUGGUCCUUUUUUGCGUACAUACGAAUUGUAUUAUAUCUACUAUUAAGAUUAAUCGAUCGCCCAAUUGAGAGCGCAAACUUGUGAAAACGAGACGUCACCGUAAGAACUUGAUAUUUUUUCAAUGUCUCUAAUUACAAUCGUCGAAAUAAUUGUUAAACCGUGCGAUCGCGUCUUAUGGUUAUGACCGUAAUUAUCGAAUUUUAAUACGUCGAUGAACAAAGAGUUGUAUUCGAUCGAAUAAUCAAUCUUAACCCUGCAAUUAUUGUAAUUAAUUCGUUCUUAUCACCUGUGGAUCUUUAAGAUCUGCCUUCUUGGAAAAUAUCACAGCCACUGAUUUUCCACGAUUUUUCAACGAAGUAAUCGUAAUAAUUCUGUAAAUUUCUUUGGAACGUUUGAUUAUGACAAAAUGAUAAUUUAAGGGUUAACGAUUAGUAAAAUUUAGAUAAGGAAGAAAGACCGAUAGAUCGAUAAGUAGAUUUAAUCGUGUGAGAGCGUGAGAGGCGUGCGAUUGUCGAGCGUAUUCGCCAGGGACUUAUAUUAAUAGGUAAACCAAAAAAUAUGUUCAUAAUUGGUAUAAAAAUGGUAUCAAUUGAAUAAAUUGUUUUUCUUACAAAAUACAUA